AUAAAUCAAGGAUGGUUAUAAUUUAACUAAUUAUAGCGAUUUAUUAGGGGUUUCUUUUAUUGUUUAUUCGUGAAAUGAAGUGAUAAUUGCACAACGAAGGGAAUGCUUUGUGCUUCGUUACGGCGUCUUUCUAUCCGACUCACUUCGGAACAAAUAGAGGCCAAAAUUAGGUCCAGUGAGAUUUUAAAACCGGUUCUUCAUGUAGCAGUGCAGGAUGUCAGCGCUGGGUGCGGGAGUUUUUUUAAUAUUCAGGUUGCUUCUCCUGUGUUCGAAGGGAAAAGUUUGAUCCAGCAACAUCGCAUUGUGAAUGAAGUUCUUAAACACGAAAUAAAAAAAAUUCACGGAUUUACACUUAAGACAGCGCCAAACUUAGAUGAAUAAGAAGAUAAACGAAUCAGUUCUAAAACUAUCAGUAGUGGCUUUCCAUAUAGUUUAAAUGCAUUUUAGUCUACUUUAUCCUCUUCCUCUGAAAAGUUUUAUUAUUACUUCCUAACAUCUGUAGGUUAUGUACAAUCGUGUUAUUGAUGAAUGCUUUUUUGUUGGUAAGUAAGAUACACUAAUAGAGAGUAGAGAGACA